GUCACGUGGGCGCUCCCGGUUCCGGCGCGGUGGAGGCCGGGGCGGUGAGCAGUCUCCGGCACCAUGUUUGGUUUGUCUGGUCCUCUAUCCCGACGAGGCCUCUGCCCAUCGGCUCCGUCGCCGCCGCCGCUGCUGCUGCUGCUGCUGCUGCUGCUCGGUCCCGGCGCCGUCCUCGCCAUCUCCUUCAACCUGCCGGUCAACGCCCGCAAGUGCCUCCGCGAGGAGAUCCACAAGGACCUGCUGGUGACCGGCGCCUACGAGAUCACCGAUCAGUCGGGGGGCGCCGGCGGCCUGCGCACCCACCUCAAGAUCACAGAUUCUGCUGGCCACAUUCUGUACUCCAAGGAGGAUGCCACCAAGGGGAAGUUCGCCUUUACCACUGAGGACUACGACAUGUUUGAAGUGUGCUUUGAGAGCAAGGGAACCGGGCGGAUACCUGACCAGCUCGUGAUCCUAGAUAUGAAGCACGGAGUGGAGGCGAAAAAUUACGAAGAGAUCGCAAAGGUCGAGAAGCUCAAGCCUUUGGAGGUGGAGCUGCGACGCCUGGAGGACCUCUCCGAGUCCAUCGUCAACGACUUCGCCUACAUGAAGAAGCGUGAAGAGGAGAUGCGAGACACCAAUGAGUCAACAAACACGCGGGUCCUGUACUUCAGCAUCUUCUCCAUGUUCUGCCUCAUCGGACUGGCCACCUGGCAGGUCUUCUAUCUGCGCCGCUUCUUCAAGGCCAAGAAGCUGAUUGAGUAAGGUCUCUGCAGCAGAACACCCCUGGGAGCCGCGGGCCCAGCACCACCAAGGCACAUAGAGCCUCCUGGCCAGACCGACCUCUUCCGGUGCCCACCCAUGCCCAGCAGUGAGCGCCCUCUUUUUAACUUAGUAGGAUUUGGACCGUUUUUUUUUACAAAUACAGGACUGCUGUCAGAGUCACCUAUGACAGAAAAGUAAUAUUAGGGGUUACCUAGAUAACGCCAAAGCCAACACUGCACUGGGCUUCCUCGUGUGGACUGUUCUGUCUGCCUUCUUUCCUUCUCCUCCCUUUGCUCACCAGCUUGGGCUUCUCCGGUUCCUUUCCCGAGGUGUUUGUGUGACCACAUUGGACUUGUUGCAUUCUGCUCGUCCUCCCUGGACUUCCCAGCGAGCAUACCCCCACUUCCUCGUGACCCGUAGCCGAAAUGUUAAGGUGACUUCUGGUGAUACCCUUUUAAGUCUUUUGUCUCCUAGGAGAGGGUGGAUGUGACAUCUCAUACAAGUGAGCUCUAGAGAAUUAAAAGUGUUUGUGACAACGGCUUGAA